AAUUUGCAAAUAUCAUCUUCUGUUUGGAUGUGGGGAAGAAAAUGCCAGAAAAUAAGAGGGAAAGAGGAGAAAAGGUUGAAAAAAACAAGGAAAAUCUUCCAUUAAGACUCAAUCUCUCGGUCUCUGCCGUUGUCGAAGUUUUAGCCAAAUGCUUUGCUUGAGACCUCCUCCUCUGCCACUCAUUUCAAGUAGAUUAGAAGUGACAAAAUUCUCGCAGUGUACAAGCAGUGUGGUUGUAUGCGCUUUAAAAGGUCCCCGACCAAGGUAUCCUCGAGUGUGGAAAUCGAACAAGAGAAUUGGGACAAUUUCCAAGUCAACCAAACUUAUUAAAUGCAUAAAGGGAUUGUCAAAUGUUAAGGAGGAAGUAUAUGGGGCACUUGACUCUUUUGUUGCUUGGGAAUUGGAGUUCCCUAUAAUUGCUUUCAAGAAAGCAUUGAAGAUUCUUGAGGAGGAACAGGAAUGGAAAAGGAUAAUUCAGGUAAUCAAGUGGAUGCUAAGCAAAGGCCAAGGACGGACGAUGGGAACGUAUUUCACCUUACUCAAUGCCUUUGCAGAGGAUGGAAGGCUUGAUGAAGCCGAAGAGAUUUGGACAAGAUUAUUUCACCGCAACUUAGAAAGCAUGCCUCGCAUUUUCUUUGAUAAAAUGAUAUCUAUUUAUUACAAGAGGGACAUGGAUGACAAGGUGUUUGAGAUAUUUGCUGACAUGGAGGAGCUUGGUGUCCGACCAAGUGUUUCAACUGUUAAAAUGGUGGGAAAAGUAUUCCAGAAGCGGAGUAUGCUGGACAAAUAUGACAAAUUGAAGAAGAAAUAUCCGCCACCUAAAUGGGAGUAUCGAUACAUGAAAGGAAAGCGUGUUAGGGUUCGAGCAAAACAUGUUGAUGAAUUUGAUGGUGCUAAUGAAGGCAUAAACAGGGGCGUGGAAAUUCCCAAUGGUUCAACUGAAUCAAAUGAGGAUGAUGCUGUUGAAGAUAUAAACAAGGUUGAGGGGAGUUCUCAUGGUUCAGAUGAAUCUGAUGACGAAGAUGCCAAUAUGAACUUAAAUGAAGUAUCUUGAGUUGUUACAUGCUUAUCAUGUUAAUCUGCAGUCUUUUAUCUUCCAGAAUUUAGGCAUCCUGGUGACAACACAAUCAGGCAUUUAGGUGAACGAAGACUUGGAUUCUUUUGUGCAUAUGUCCAAUUAGUGAUAUAUAACUGUAAUCCCUCGCUGUUCUCCAAAAAAAUUUUUGUAAGUUGUCGAGGACCUUUAUUCCUUUGAACGUCGUAUCUAAAAGAGAUUAAAUUGUUCAUCGAGAGAUAUAAUGUUGUUUAUGAAACAUUUUAGCUGGCUUCAAAGAAUGAACGGUUCCCUCUUUCCAGA